GCCUCUGCGCAGUCCAUCUUGCCUCGCAUAUCGCUGCUGUCACCCUCUGCCAGCGCGCCGUCCCUGUUGUUGUAGGAAAUAAUGGCGGCAUCGGGAGGCGGAUUAUCAUCUCCCGCGGCCGUCGCGAACUUAAGCACCCAGGCGCCGGCCCGGUCUCGUUUCCCGGGUCGGCCGUGCUCAGCUCGCAGCAGGCUGCGGUCGGAAAAACGUACCAAACGCGGAAGGUUGGGCUCGGACGACGGGGAUCUGGCUUCCGGAGGGCCGAGGCCCGUAAACAUCGGCCUGGCGUUGAGCGAGGAUCCGUCCCUGCUGCGCCUGCUCGGGGUGGCGGAGAAGCACAGGCGGCAGAGAGAUGCGGGGUUCCACUCCAGCGACAGUGAGGAGGAGGAAGAUUUCACUGGAUUUGGGACCAAAACAGUUCGUCCACAGAAAACGUCUGGCACUGUCCCUCAGUCAUCGUUACUAAGCCAAGCAAAGCCUCCUCAAGCUUCAGACCAUUCUCCUGGAGCGAAGCCUCUCGUUGGAAAAAUUAUUCCCAAAUCCCCAAAAGCGGUACUUAUUGGGAAAAUUGUACCGAGGGUCUCUAAAGAAAGCCAGUGUGUCAAAGAGAGCUCAGUAAAAGACAAAGAAAUGCCAAAGGUGGUAAUUAAACUGCAUGGCAAGCAGGUAGCUCUCGCUGCAAAAGCCAAACAUGCAGACGAGCAGGCCUCAGGUAGACAGGGCAGUAAAAGGUCGGCUGACUUUAUCAGGAAAGCAAGAAAAUCAGUGGACUCAGGCAGCAUGCAGAACCAAACAGCCGCUACCUCAGCUGGUGGCACCAAGCAAGAUAAGCUAAUGAGCACUCUGACAGCAGUCAAGGGUGCAGGAAAAGCUUCCAAGGUCAAAGAACGAGGCGAGGUGUCGGAGGAUUCAGACACAGACCAAUCCCAGCCACAGAGGUCGGUGAAACGCAUGAGGGGGUUUCGAAUUGGGCACACAAAACGCACAUCUCAAGCAGUUGCUCUGUCGUUCACAUCCUUUCACAAACGGCAGAGAAAGAGAACGGCUAAGGGCAUGGGUGCCUCUCCAGAGGCUGGAGCCGAGGCCGGUGCACAGAGUGGAGAGGAGGCGGCAAUGCCCCUCGAGUGUAAAGCCACAGAUUCCUCUGAAAAAAGAACACCCAAAAGACAUCAACGCAGAUCUUUGUUUGGGCAUAGGCGAAAGCCAACAAAAAACGUUCAGACAGGUCCUAAAUUGGGUAGUAUUCGCACUAGGCGUGUUUUUUACACCUAUGUACCUGAGCCCUUACCAGCCACACUGAUGCCGGACGGGAAUGAGCUGCAGCUGAGAGGUCAGAAUAUCACUUCAUCAGAGGGUCAGCCGAGCUCAUUUUCUGAACAAGUGCAGCAGAGCUCAAACAACUCCUCCACUUCUGUAACGAGUGCUCGUUCCUCCCGCGUUAUUAAAACUCCGAAGAGGUUCUUGGACGAGGAAAUGAUCCCCUUUCCAAAGGGUUGUCUGUCAACAUGGCUGAAAAGUCAAAAAAGAGAGGACGCAAAGCCAAGUCCAUCAUGUCACGAAUCAAUCUAUGACGACAACUCCCUGCAGUCAGACACUGACCAUCUGUCUGUGGUCGACAGCCCACCCUCAGUGACAAAGUUUUCAUCAAAGGCCAGUCCAGGCACCAGCCACCUAGAGAUCUACAAGAACCUCAAGAAACUGACCUUGAAACUGGCGGAGAAAAAGAAAGGCCGGCCUGACGCUCGGGGGGAUUAUCCACAUCAUGGCGACGGUUUGACCUCUCAUGGGAAGAAGAGGCGGAGGUCAAAGCUGAUGAUGGAGGAGAUGGACUCUCCUGGUGUUGUGAGGAAACUGGCCGUGGUGGUGAACACUGAUGUGGAAGCGCCCUCACACGUGCUGUUAGGAGACACAGGCAACAAUAAUGAGGCAGGAAGCAUGACCGGGGACAUUCAUGAGCCGUGGGAAGUCAGUGGGCCCAGCCAUCGAAUUGGUCUCAGUGGAGCCAAUAAGACGAUGCUCCACCUGCUGAAGAAAGCCAAAGUCCAGCUCAUCAAGAUUGAUCAGCAGAAGCAGCUGAAGUUAUCACAGCUGGGCUCCAGAGAAUCACGUGUGCCAGUGAGUGGGAGGAGGAGGAGGAGGAGGAGAGUUGGUGUAUCUCCCAAAGAUACUGGUCCUCAGGAGCAGCCGCUGGGCGGUCCAAGGAUCAAACAUGUCUGUCGGGCAGCAGCAGUGGCUCUGGGGCAGCCCCGUGCCAUGGUGCCAGAUGAUAUUCCCAGACUCAGCGCCCUGCCACUUCACGAGAGAGAGGGCAUCACCUUCUCUCCUGCAGCAGAAGAUGUGGCAGAUGAUGACGAUGACAUCACUGAUCAGGGCAGGGCUCAGUGGGUUGUCUCUCAGGAACACAUCCAGCGCAGGAGGAGGAGGGGGAGGGGGAAGGGACGCAGGUUCCGAAAAAGGAAGGUCCUGAGUGAAUAUGCACCUGGGGGAGUCCGUGCCCGGCGCUGUGGACACUGCAAAGGCUGUUUGAUAGAGGAGGACUGCGCAAAGUGUGUAAACUGCCUCGAUAAGCCCAAGUUCGGGGGGCCCAACACCAAGCGGCAGUGUUGCAUAUAUAAGAAGUGUGAGAGGAUUGAGAAAGCAAAGAUUGAGCGCAUUGUCAAACCAUUAAAAGUCCAGGCAAGGCGGCUGUCAGGAGGGUCAGAGGAGGGAUCGUCCUCCAUGGCGCCUGGAGUCAGAAAACUGUCCCUGCGUAACAUCGCACCACGCUCCUACAGCAGCCUGCUGAAGUCUGAAUCUGAAGAAGAGGAGGGAGAAGAACAAGAGGAGAAGGCAGAUAAAUCAACAGUCAAGCCAAAUGUAGUUGCUACUAGCAACCAAGAUCUUGCUCCUCAAGAUGGCGGCUCACUGCCGUACGACCCUCCAGCUGAGGUGGUGAAGCACCGCCGGCCGUUCUCCAGAGGAGCCGGGAGCAGACCCAGGGCUUCCAAGGAACAGGAGAACACGGAGGAGACGGAGCCCAGAGAAACCAGCCCAUCCAGGAGCCCAAUGCCGAAGCUGCAGCAGCAGCUACAAAUACACUUACACCGUCUGCCUGAUUUUAUCCUGCGGUCUGCUCUGUCUUUGCCGCAGCAGUUGCCCCAGUGUCUGGAUCAGUGUGCUGCACAGUCACAUCCAAAAUUGUCCCAGCUUGUAACGCAGCCUGCUAUUUCACCUUCCACUACACACUGUCCUCCAGAAUUGUCCCAGCCUGUAACGCAGCCUGCUAUUUCACCUUCCACUACACAAUGUCCUCCAGAAUUGUCCCACCCUGUAACGCAGCCCGCUUCUCCACUUUCACCACAUCCCAUAACAGACUCUCUGCUGUUACGUUUGCACCGUUUGCCCCAGUCUGUGGUGCAGUCAGCAUUGCAUUUGCACAACUAUAUAUUGUCAUCAUCUCAACAACAGCGCCAGUCCAUACUCCACUCAUCUCUGACAGAGGUUUCGUCAAAGUUGUGUUUUCAGGGACAUCCAAAGUCUGAGCAAAAAGCAGAUGCUUUGACUGAUGCAUGCAGAGCUAGCAAAGAUGCGGUGCGUAAAACUGUGCAAGUGCUUCCUCAGACUGUCGAUCCACUCACAGAGUUACAGGAGAGCACGCAAAUGAAGCAGGAGGACAAACGAGGGGAUCCGCCUGAAGAGGAGGAGGAGGAGGACGGCAACGAUUCUGUUAAAGAGACGGUGCUGCAGAACUGUCCAACAACUGAUCCACACUAUGUCCUUCGUUCCCAGAAUCCCGCAGAGUGUGCGUCAGUGAACACCCUGCCAGGGUUAACUAACGGAUUUCCCCAAAGGGGCCUGCAGAACAAGUACAAGAUCCGCGUGGAUUUCAAGGAGGACUGUGCUGUACAGAACGUAUGGCUAAUGGGCGGCCUCAGCGUCCUGACAUCAGUCCCCACCACACCACAACCCAUCUGCCUGCUCUGCUCCAGUAAAGGACGACAUGAGAUGAUAUUCUGCCAGAUCUGCUGUGAGCCUUUCCACAGUUUCUGCCUCUCACCAGAGGAGCGCCCCAUGAAGGGGAACAAGGAGAACUGGUGCUGCAGGCGCUGCAAAUUCUGUCAUGUUUGUGGCCGUCAAAGCAAGAACACAAAGCCUGUGUUGCAGUGCAGGAGAUGCCAAACCUCCUACCACCCUUCCUGCCUGGGACCGACUUACCCCAAACCUAUGAACUGCAACAUGCCUUGGGUAUGCAUGACAUGCAUUCGGUGUAAAAGCUGUGGCGUGACUCCUGGAAAGAGCUGGGACUUGGCCUGGAACCACGAGCAGGACCUCUGUUCUGACUGCACUGUUCUCCAUAACAAAGGUAAUUUCUGCACCGUCUGCCACAAGUGCUACGGCGACAAGAAGCAACAAACACAGAUGAUUCAGUGUUCAAAGUGCAGCCACUGGAUUCAUUAUACAUGUGAAGGACUUUCAGACGAGCUGUUUGGUUUGCUGUCAAGCCAACCGGAAGAAGAAGUGCUCUUCACCUGUUCACCCUGCAGCCAGCACCGAACUGAACACAGCAGCUUGAAGGUGGAGCUGCAGAGCAGGCUGAUAGCAGGGCUGAAGGAGGUGCUCACUGACCUCCUCUGUGACCAAGCCACACAGCACCUCCUCAUCUGUAAAGCGUGUCAGGAAACCAACACCACACACUUUGACAGGGAGCAACAACAAGUCUGUGAUCUACAAGCAAUGGAGAAGAAGUUUGAAGGGGGCGGUUACACCUCAAUAAAAGCUUUCCAUGCGGAUGUCGCCUCUGUGAUGAGGAAGUGGCUGAAGGAGGAGGAGCUUCUCCCUGAGCACCAGAGAACGACGAGCCAGGCCAGAGCACACUAUGUCAAACUGAUUGAGCGGGUUUUCAGUUGGUUUCCUGAACGCCAUCUGAAAAAGUGGAACUCGUUCUCUGAGGAAUUCCCAAGUGGCAUGCUCCCUGAGGCGGUCCUCCCACCAUCCAUGGAGCACAGCUAUGCACAAUGGCUGGAAAGGACAUACCAGCCGAAGGAGUCCAGGGGCCCACAGGCGGGGAAAACUGAGUCUGUGCUGUCCUCAGUCGCUACACUGCAGUCUGGUGUAUCGCACCCUCUUUAUUCACAUGGUGAAAUGAGUCAUCCGGAAACUACCAAGACUGAAGAUGUGAGGCAGUGUGCCCUUUGCCAACAAUACGGAGACUCUGCCACGAGUGACGCAGGGCGGCUGUUGUACAUGGGACAGAAUGAGUGGUGCCAUGUUAACUGCUGCCUUUGGUCUGCAGAGGUGUAUGAGGAGAAUAGUGCUCUUUUGCAAGUGCACAGCGCUGUCUCAAGAGGGCGCCACCUGCGUUGUGAUCGUUGUGGACAGUCAGGAGCCACUGUGGGCUGCUGUCUUGCCACCUGCCAGAGUAAUUUUCACUUCAUGUGUGCUCGUGCCCAGAACUGUGUGUUUCAGCAGGACAAGAAGAUGUACUGCUUCAAACACAGAGAUCUUAUCAGUGUGAAGAUGGUUUCUGGGAAAGGCUUUGAGGUUUCUCGGCGAGUUUAUGUGGACUUUGAGGGGAUUAAUCUCAGAAGAAAGUUCCUCACAGGCCUAGAGCCAGAAUCCAUAAACAUGACCAUAGGCUCUCUGCAAAUUCAGAAACUUGGUGUGUUGUCAGAGCUGUCGUCAAAUGGGAGGAUGCUGUAUCCUGUCGGCUAUCAAUGUUCGCGGUUGUACUGGAGCACUGUGGACCCUCGCAGACGCUGCAAAUACACCUGUAAGGUGACAGAAGCGAGCACACCUCUCCCUGGUGAGGAACAUGAUCCGAGGUGGGACCAGGAAGAGAAUCACACCAUAGUCCACAGUCCCAGCCACCACAGAGAUAUGGAGUCCCCAGAUCGUUUAAGCUCCUCAUCCAGCCCCAUAAAGUCCACUACCCCAUCUCCCAACCCUAAACAGCACAACACACCUGGAUCCAAAAGUCCAGGUUACACACAGACCAGGAGACCAGCAGGAGGAUCAUCUCGACCUCUCCCAUCUCCAGGGUCCACGCUUCCCAAAUCGCAUCACAUCCUGACAUUGAGGGACCUGGAGGACACCCGUCGGCCUCGCAGGGUCUCAUCAAGAAGCCGCUGCAGUUCCUCGCCAACAGACAGCGACCCGUCUGUGCCGAUGACCCUCCGCUCUGGUGGCACCGUCAACUCCAGAUGUGCCCUGUUCAGCUCUCCUCCAAGGUCGUCCAACUUGGGUUCAGCCUCGCCUCCUCUAUCGCGCCAAAACUCAACAUCACCAGUCUGGAGCUCCCCGCCUAGAUCGAACUCCAGCAUCUCUGCAGGGCUGUCACUUCGGCAAGGAGCCAUCACGCACUCCCCCAGAGGGAGGCAUAACUUCAGAAUCACCACUCCAGUUUCUGCAGAGGUUCCCCAAGACUUCCUUGCAUCAUCGGAGGCGGAAGAUGCAGCAGUGGCCACAACCAAUGGGAUCUCAUUAGCCCCUGAUAACCUGGAAGAGGAAGUAGCCCACCUGAUGGCCCAGGACCUGCCGUACACUGUGUUUGACACUGACACAGAGGUUGCAGUGGCCUCCAUGCUGAAUGCUAAGCUUGAGUUUGACGAGGCUCUGCUCAGUGAGACAGUGGCACUUCAUUGCGGGAGAGGAGAGGUGGAAGGUGUAGUGCAAGAUGUGGAAAUGCAGGAAGAUAAUCGGGAGAAUGACUACGAAGAUGAAGACUCGAGCCGUUACUUAAAAUUUUCACGCACAGUGGUGUGUGACGCAGCUAUCGGCUCGGACGCCUCCGGGCAGCUUCCCCCAACACAGUCGAUCUCACAGUUAGAUGGAGCAGACGGCGGGUCAGAGAGUGAUGAAAGCGAGGCGGUCAACGAUGAAGCUCAGGACACAGAAGAAGAAGACGAAGAGAUUAAGAUUCAUACCAACCACAAUACACCUACUAAACAGCUGACGGUUGCUCUAAAGAGGCUAGAGUCGAUCUACACCGUGUCAACAGUUGAACAAGGAACAGCUGACCCGGAGUUUCAGGAACAUUGUCCACCAUGUGAUGUUCUUAAACCAAGUUACUCGCACGAUGACAUGUCACUCCGUGAAGAAGAGGUCCUGAUGAGCUCUGAAACCCUACCAUCUCAAAAUGAGGUGUUUUUGGAUUCCGCUACAGGACAUUUUAUUUCUGCUGAAAGUGACGCUGUAAUGUACCCAAAUAACAAGGAAGUUGAGGAUAAAGAUGAAAGUAGCUCAUCUGCCGACUCAGUUGGAGGAUUUAAAGAUGAUUUGAAUGACCCGGACUACUCUCCACAGCAUACAACCAAAAAAUCCCCCCCAGCACACAUGAAAACCAUCAUUGUGAAGACUAAACGUCCAGCAUCAAACCUCAAACGCUUGUCUCCAAAACUGUGUCUUCCACAGCAGCACAAUCUCAAUUUGCUGCUGCCCCCUCAACCUACACAGGCUGUAAAUGAUGCGUCGGCCUCCCCGGCUGCUGCCAGUAUUUGUGCAGUUCCACGCACGGUCACUUCCCCCAUUGUGAUCAAUGGUUUAAACGCUCUACCCAUUCAGGGUGCCACACGGGGCAGAACCAUCGCCAUCCGUUUGGACAGCUCGAGGCCAGGAAGUCAGGGGCAAGUUGGGAUUCAGAAUCAAGCUGCAGCCACUAGCUCAACCCCGGCCCAGGCCCCCGCCCGUCAGGUCCUCCUGGUCAACCGUCAAGGUCAGAUUCUGAUCAAAGACCCGAGAACAAACACUUAUCAGGCACUCAGUACAAAUUCUCCUGCCUACAAUAAAAUAAGCCAGAUUGCUAAGCUUCUCCACAGUGGUAAUGCCUUGCAGCGCUCAGUCCCUCGUGUCAUAAUAAAGCCUCGUUCCAGCCCAUCUGCCACCAACGUCCCUCCUGCCAGUAACCACACAGCAACGUCGGAGAGAAAAUUCAUCGUCAGAAUGGUGCCUCUAAAUAGCAGCGUGCCUCCAGCUCCCGCAACUCCUGUCUGUGUGCCGAGUGUUCCUGAAGCAAGUUUCUCCAAUAUUGAAGAGAGCACAGCCCAGGCUAUUAUCGACCGAGCCAUGGCUACCCACCGCGACGAGCCAAAGACGAAACCCAUCAUCCUCAGUAACACUCGGCAGACAAGAGCCAGACAUCGAAGACCGUCCCGUUUUCUGGACGAAGAGGUCUCGGAUCAGUCACCAGCUGCAGGCUCAGAGUCUCCCAGUGGUUUACUCAAUCAACCAAAUUUCAACCUACAACCAACACCUGCUCCAUGGCACCACCAGGUGAGGGUCAAGAGAGUAUCAUCGGUGUCUGAAAGGCCCUCCAGGAAGAAAUCCAAGAUGGACUUCUUGAGGGAUCCCUCAAGUGAGCUGGAUGAAGUUAAUGAAGCCAGACCGAGUCGUGUGAGAAUGAAAGCUCCAACAAUGAAGGAUGUUCUUGACAUGGACCAGAAGAAUAUGUCUGACGAGCCUGAGAAGAUGAGGGUUAUUGCUCCGCCUCCUCCUACGCCCUCCAGGCAUCCUUGGGUUGAGAGUCCACCCACACAUGCACAAACUAACAUUCAGGGUAAAACACACACGUGGGUGAGCGCUCGCCAUGGAGACCUCUCUGAAUGGGGCCCUUAUUCAGGUUUUAGCUCAGAAGAAGAUGCACCUGCACCUAAAUACAGAAAGAGGACAUACAUGAACCAGCCCCACCUGCGUUUUGAAAUCACCAGCGAUGAUGGCUUCAGUGUUAAGGCGAACAGCAUAGAGGUUGCCUGGCGCGCGGUGAUUGACGGCGUCCUGGAAGCUCGAUCGGGCUUCCACAUGAAGCAGCUGCCUCUGGGUGUGAUGACGGGGCCGCGGGUGCUCGGUGUCGUCCACGACGCCGUCAUCUUCCUGCUGGAGCAACUGCAGGGGGCCACAAACUGCAAACGCCACCGCUUCAGGUUCCACCGCUGUGACGACAUCGAGGAAGAGCUUCCCCUCAACCCGAGUGGCUGCGCUCGUUCGGAAGUCUACACACGGAAAGCGACUUUUGAUAUGUUUAACUUCCUGGCAUCACAGCACAGAGAGCUCCCUGACAUAGUAGGCCCUUUUGACGAAGAGGAAGAUGAAUUCCCACUAAAAUCUUCCAGACGAGCCACCAGCAGUGAGCUCCCAAUGGCAAUGAGAUUCAGACACCUGGAAAAAAUCUCGAAAGAAGCAGUAGGAGUUUACAGAUCUGAAAUCCAUGGUCGGGGCCUUUUCUGCAAAAGGAACAUUGACGCUGGGGAGAUGGUGAUCGAGUACGCCGGCACCGUCAUUCGUUCUGUCUUGACUGAUAAGCGGGAGAAAUAUUAUGAUGGCAAGGGCAUCGGCUGCUACAUGUUCCGCAUCGACGACUUUGACGUGGUGGACGCGACGAUGCAAGGCAACGCAGCUCGCUUCAUCAACCACUCGUGCGAGCCGAACUGCUACUCUCGUGUCAUCAAUGUGGACGGCCGCAAGCACAUAGUCAUCUUCGCCCUGAGGAAGAUCUACCGGGGUGAAGAGCUGACCUACGACUACAAGUUCCCCAUCGAGGACGAGAACAGCAAGCUACACUGCAACUGCGGGGCGAGACGCUGCCGUCGCUUCCUGAAUUAGUACACGCAUACACACCCCGCAUACCAACAGCCAUCUUGUCUAAUGCACUUGAAUUCAGGAGGUGGGCUUUGAUGAAAUGAAAAAGGCGACUGUUGUGACUUAAAGUGUGUGGUCGCUGACACACACAGACCUGAUCUACUGAAAGUCUUUACUUUGUUGGAAGGUUAAUUCACAGACUGAUCGAGGAUGGCGUGUUUGUUCAUUUCUGUCCUCUGAACUGCUGUUGACAGUCGGAAACCAGAUUAGAGCCAUUUGUCAGAGUUUGGGAUUAAUAUUUAUGUGAUUUCAGACUGCUGGAUUGUUAGUCUGUCAGGAAGUGCAGUUCAGUUCAUGAAAAUGCACUACUUUUACCAUCUCACACAACCCCGUUCUCUCAGUUUUACGUUGUUGAAUUUGUCGUCAGUAGCCAAGGUUACUGGGGAGGCAAAUAUUACCAGCUACAAGCAGUGCAAACUAAAAUAACCUCACAUCAGGUAUUACUCUGUAAAGGGGGGUCUUUUAUUAUGCUGGAGACAGUGUGUCUUUUUAAAUACAAGGUCACAGAGAAGGUAGAAGUAACACCUCACUUUGACACGACCUCCGCUGGCAGCACUGGUGUCGCAGCAGACGGGACUAAUUUUACUUCGGAGCAAAUCAAACACAUUUGACUCGAGGCAUCUUGUGUACAUUGUAGUGCAGCUAAAUUUUAACCUCACUCUGGAUACCACAAGUCUUGUGAGCAGGGACUCCAAUAUUUUAGGUGCUGGUGACAUUUACCCCCAAAACGUAGUUUUAAUAGUCACCCAAACCUUUUUCCCACCUUUCAGUUGAAAUUUUCUGAUUUUAUUUGUGACGGCAGAGAUGCUGUGAUCUAAAUGCUUUUAUCCUGCUCUUACAGUCUGUUCUUUAUUUGUUAAUUUGUGCUGUUUGUAUAUUUUAAGGUCUAUGAGGGAGAGUUUCCUUGAUGCGGGCACAAACUGAAUAUAGUGAUCUUGCACAGUCCCUUAUAUACCUUUUUUGUAUUUUUGUAUAUUUGAACAAUAAAUGUAUAUUCAACAAGCUGAUGGAAAUAAAUGUGUUUGAGCUUUUAA